AUGACAAUAAGUAUGGAACAACAAAGUGGUUCUACUACUGCUGCAAUGACUACGACGUCUUCAAGUCGCACAACACCUAGAUCGGCAAUGGCACCGGCAGAAAAGCUCGAAAAAUUUUCCGGCAUGAACUUCAAAUGCUGGCAGCAGAAAAUGUUCUUCUACCUGACCACUCUUAGUCAACAACGCUUUAUUAGUGAGGACGUUCCAGUCUUGGGAGAAGAGACUCCGGAUAAUGAGCGAUUUGUGAUCACGGAGGCAUGGAAGCAUUUUGACUUCUUGUGCAAAAAUUAUAUAUUGAGUUGUUUGGAAGAUGGCUUGUACAACGUUUACAGUAUCAUGGAGACUUCGAAAGAGUUGUGGAACUCUCUUGAAAAGAAGUAUAAAAUGGAAGAUGCUGGACUAAAGAAAUUUGUUGCCUCAAAAUUCUUGGACUUGAAAAUGGUGGACAAUAAGUCUGUCAUAACUCAAUUUCAAGAAUUACAAGUCAUCGUUCAUGACCUCAUUGCCGAAGGUAUGGUCAUAAAUGAAGCGUUUCAAGUUGCGGCAUUUAUUGAAAAGUUGCCACCAAUGUGGAAGGACUUUAAGAAUUACUUGAAACAUAAGCGCAAGGAGAUGACGCCUGAAGACCUUAUUGUUCGCCUAAGGAUUGAAGAGGACAACAAUGCUGCAGAAAAGAAGUGUCGUGGAAAUUCAACAAUAAUGAGCGCAAAUAUUGUUGAGGAAGCUUCGACAAGCAAAAAGAGAAAGAAGCCGUCUGGACCAAAGAAUUACCCAAGCAAAAAGAAGUUCAAAGGUAAUUGCCACAACUGUGAAAAUGUUGGACACAAGGCUGUUGAAUGUUGUGCACCAAAGACGGACAAAAAGAAAAGGCAAGCAAAUUUGUUUAAGAAGAAUGAUGAAAUAGACGAUUUAUGUGCCAUGCUUUCAGAAUGCAACCUAAUCGGAAAUCCUAGAGAAUCGUAG